AUGACUUCGCAAGACUUCGUAAGACUCCCUGCAUUUAAUCGUGCAAAAGAACUAGUUAGUAAUUUGAAUAUAUUACCUUCAUUAAAGAAAUGCUAUGCUUGUGAACUUAAUAGUUUAAGUAAAAAUAUAUUUGAUAGUAUUAGAUUCAACAUUAAUUCGGAUACUUAUUGGGCAACGGAUGCAGAUUCUUCAUCAGAUUCUGAAUCUGAUUAUGAUGAUGAAAUAAUGGAAAGUAAUGAAUUUAAUAGUGAUCUAAUCAAUGUGGAUGAAGAAGAUAAAGAUGUGGCAACGACACAAAGUGUUGAUGAAAUUAAAACUGAGAAAAUAAAUUUUACUGGUAUGCGUAUAUUUGAUUCGAUCAAUCCAGCAAUGAAAAACUCCUAUUUUCAAGUGCAAAUAAAUAACAAGACUAAAUUUAUACACAAGCAAACGGCUUGUUGGUUAUUAACUGACAAAGCUAGCCGUUUAUCGGCUGAUAGAUUAUCACGAGUGAUAGAAACAAACAAGAAGGAUUAAAAUUCUUCAUCAGAUUGAUUUGGAUAGAUAAAACAUUUCUUAUAAUAAUAAAACACUUCAUUCAAAAAGAUUCCGUUAUUAACUAUUACGUUUACUAAGACCAAACAAGCUUGAAUUUUUUCCAGCACAUUGAAAAAAAAACAAUAAAUAGUUCACCUUUCUGCUAAAAUAAAAUCGUCGAAAACAAGACAAUUUCAUGGGUUUCUUAUGAGUUUUCAUGCACUAAAUGUAUUUCAAAACUUUCAAAAGAAUUCAUGAGACUUCAUUAGAUUUCAUGAGACUUCAAGAGACUUCAAGAGACUUCAAGAGACUUCAUGACACUUCAUGAGACUUCAUGAGACUUCAUGAGACUUCAUGAGAUUUCAAGAGACUUCAAAGACUUCAGAGACUUUAUGAGACUUUAUGAUGAUUCAUAAGACUUCAAAAGACUUCAAGAGACUUCAGAAGACUUCAAAAGACUUACAAGACUUCAUGAGACUUCACG